UUAGUUGUGGGAGUAUAAACUAACAAAAAGCUUCUACAAUCCAUUAUAGUGAGUUUUUUCAUUUCAUUUUCCAAUUCCAAAAUGUUUAUCUUUGGUCAUUUGUACAUAUUUUACACGAUUGUGAAGUAUUUUUUUUUAGUCUAAAUACAUCGCUAACCUUCUAAAUUUGACAUUAACUUUCAUUUUGCCACAUCAAUUUGACAUUGUUCAUUUUAAACACUUAAAUUAAAAUUCUGCUGUGUCAUUCUGACAUCUCUCGCUGAUAUGACAAAGUGAGUAUAAGACACACACCUUAAGUGUGUGAGGAGGCUUUUUUUUUUAAAAAAAAAUAUUGUUAUUUUGCUUCACCUUCACUCCUUCCUCCUCCAACUUCAUCUAUGAAAUUCACAACUUGAAAUAAAUAAUUGAAUACUUCAAAAAAAAUUUUGAGGUAAAAUGUAGAAAAUUUAUUUUAAAAUUGUGUGUAUGUGAAUUAAUUGCUUUGUUAAUGGAUGUUCAUUUGUUGAAUGAAUUUCGUUGAAAUGACAGCGGUGGAAAGUUUGGAGAGUGAAGAUGGUGGUUUGAAGAACACCCUUAUUAACCCGUCUGGAAAACACCUUUCUCACCCACUCUAUUUCUCCUCCAUUAUCACUAUUGAACACUUCUCCAUUAACAAAAUCCCCUUAACCUCCAUUAACAAUCGCCGACCAAGCUCCUCCACCGACAAACCACCAAUAACCCAUCACCAAAACAGACCCAACCUUCAACUCUAUUAACACACCCAGUAAUUGACCAUCACAAUUCCGCCGUCGAAACACUCUUCACAAGUCUUGAGCUACUCGUUUUCCUUUUUUUAAAAAUAAUUAACUAAAUAGUUUUUAAAAUGAAUUUUUUCUUACAAUAUAUGUUUUAGUAAUUAUUUUUCGUAUAUAUGCCACAUGACUUCAAUUAAUUCGCUAUUUUGACACAUCAUCGGUGGGUGUGUUACACACACCUUAUAUAUUUGACUAAUUAUUAAAAAAGUGUCAAAAUGACACACUAGAGUUUUAUAUGAGGUGUCUAAAAUAAACAACAACUAAUUUAAGUGUUAAAGUGAUGCUUGAAAUUUAGAGGAUAGCGGAUGUGUUUGGCGAGUUUUUUUAACAAUCAUCAAAGGAGAGUAGCAUGUAUGCCAAACUAUUGAUGUGAGUGGCGCUUCACUUAGUGGACCCUUACUGGAUCUACGCUUUGUUUAGUCCAAAAUACAUUCCAACAGAUUAUCCAAGAUAUUGUUGGGCCAUGAAGCCCAUUUAAAGAUCCAACUUGCCAUCAGCAAUAUGUACGCUGGCUUUCUCCCCCUACCCACCAAAAAGUCGCCCCAACAAUGGCGGAUACCCACCCCCUCAGUCCCUGCACCACCACCAACCGGGUCAUUUGUACAUGUUUUACAAGAUUGUCAAGUAUUUUUCAAUCAAUUAUAGUGAGCUCUUCCAUUUUAUUUUCCAAAUUCAAAAUGUUUAUCUUUGGUCACUUGUACAUAUUUUACAAGAUUGUGAAGUAUCUUUUAAGUAUCAUAUCAUCAAAGGAGAGAAACGUGUAUACCAAACUAUUGAUUUUGAGUUGGGCUUCACUCAGUGGACCCUUAUUGGAUUUAUGCUUUUGUUUGGUCCAAAAUACAUUUCAACAAGUGAAAAUUAUCCAAUAUAUUGUUGGGCCAUGAAGCCCAUUUAAAAAUGUCCAACUUGCCAUCAGCAAUAUGUACGCUGAUUUUCUCCCCCAACCCACCAAAAAGUCGCCCCAACAAUGGCGGAGACCCCCUCAGUCCCUGCACCACCACCAACCGGGUCGGAUCCUGAUUACUGGUGCUACCAGUGUGAGGCACGGGUUGCCGUCGAAACCCUACCCGAUCUACCCGAUCUGAUUUGCAACAACUGCAAGAGUGGCUUCGUCGAGUCCGUACCCUCACGCGCUGUUUCUGUCUCUCCUUCCGACGAUCAGAUCGAUGAAGACCCUACUUUCGGCAAUCAGUUCAUCCAGGUUCUUCGUCUUAUCGCUGAGGCUGCGCGUGAAACCGACGCGCCCCCUCCCCCUCCUUCUGAGCACGCUGAUGAUGAUUACCUCCGUGUCGAGCUGGACGGUUGGGGAAACGACGACGACGACGACGAUGACGAUGAAGAUGAGGAGGAGCAUAACGAACUCGAAGUUAGAAAUGGAGACGUCGGAGGAGAAAAUCGCCGGAAUCGAAUCCAAUCUGAGGAUGAAGAUGAUGAUGAAGAGAACGACGACGACGAUGAUGUUGAUGAGGUUGAAGAUGAUGAAGAGGAUCUUCGGCGUAGGAGGAGGGAUGUGCUCCGUCUCCGGCUACGUGACUUCGCCGCAAGAGCCGCCAAUAGGCGCAACCGAAUUCUCGACUGGGCAGAGAUUCUGAUGGGACUGGAAGACCACUCUAUUGAGCUCCGAUUACAAGUUCCUGAUAUGGAUGGCUACAUAGGAAACCCUGGCGACUACGUGGACGCAGCGGGUUACGAAGCUUUACUGCAAACCCUAGCCGAGAGCGACAGUAGCGGAAGGCGAGGAGCUCCACCAGCUUCCAAGAGUGCAAUUGAGGGUCUUGAUACGUUGGUCAUCAAGGAAGAGCAGGAUGUAAUAGCAUGUGCCAUUUGUAAAGAUGUAGUGAAUGUGGGUGAAAAGGCAAAGAAUUUGCCCUGUGGGCAUGGUUACCAUGAUGAUUGUAUAGUUCAGUGGUUGGGUACUAGGAAUUCUUGUCCAGUGUGUAGGUUUGAAUUGGCCACAGAUGAUCCUGAAUAUGAAGAGGAGAGAAAGAAGCGAGGAACAUGCGUUACUAGCCGUGCUUCUUCGAGCUCGGGUGAGGCAGCAGGUGCUGCUGCUGUUGAUGAUAGUAGUCCUAGUUUCCUUUGAUUGAUGCUUUGUAGUAAAAACAGCCAUCGGCAUUCUUUUUAGCUUUGUUUCUUGCUUCUUUUCCUCUUUGUUUGUCAGUGUAAUUCUACCCUCUCCCCUUCUCUUGAAUGUAAUAAUCUGUUUAUCUUAAUGCUGGUAUGAAUUUGCUAUUCCACCA